GGCUGCGCAUGCGCCCCUCACACGUGCUGCCAGAACGCCCCCUCCGCAGCUGCGGCCCGGCCGGCAUCAUGCUGCGAACUUCUGUGCUGCGGCUGCUAGGACGCCCGGGGGCGAGUGGAGUCUCGCUCCUGGAGUACUCUAGCCCACGCCACUACAGUUCGGGCCCUCUCGGUGCCCCCGACGAUGGUCGCGGCGCGCGCGCCUUCUUCACGACACCCAUUUUCUACGUGAACGCGGCGCCGCACAUCGGACACCUGUACUCGGCGCUACUGGCAGACGCCCUGUGCCGCCACCGUCGCCUCCAAGUUCCCAGCGCUGCCGCCACGCGAUUCUCCACUGGUACCGACGAGCAUGGCCUGAAGAUUCAGCAAGCAGCAGCCGCUGCGGGCCUGGCCCCCACCGAGCUGUGCGACCGAGUGUCUGCCCAGUUCCAGCAGCUUUUUCGGGAGGCUGGCAUCUCCUCCACUGACUUCAUCCGCACCACGGAAGCCCGGCACCGGAUCGCUGUGCAGCAUUUCUGGGGACUGCUGAAGGCCCGGGGUCUGCUCUACAAGGGGCUCUAUGAAGGUUGGUAUUGCUCCUCCGAAGAGUGCUUCCUGCCUGAGGCCAAGGUCACCCGGCAGCCGGGUUCGUCAGGGGACUCGUGUCCUGUAUCUCUAGAGAGUGGACACCCCGUAUCCUGGACCAAGGAAGAAAACUACAUUUUCAGGCUUUCUCAGUUCCGAGAGCCGCUUCAGCGGUGGCUGCGGGGGGACCCUCAGGCAAUCACUCCCGAGCCAUUUCAUCGCGCAGUUCUUGAGUGGCUGGAGGAGGAGCUGCCGGACCUUUCUGUCUCUCGAAAGAGCAGCCACUUGCAUUGGGGCAUUCCUGUGCCCGGGGACGAUUCGCAGACCAUCUACGUAUGGCUAGAUGCCUUGGUCAACUACCUUACUGUAAUUGGCUACCCAAAUGCUGAGUUUAAAUCUUGGUGGCCAACCACCUCUCAUAUCAUAGGCAAGGACAUUCUUAAAUUCCAUGCUAUCUAUUGGCCUGCCCUCCUUUUAGGGGCCGGCAUGAGCCCACCACACCGCAUCUAUGUCCACUCUCACUGGACGGUCUGUGGCCAAAAGAUGUCUAAAAGCUUGGGUAACGUGGUGGAUCCCAGGACUUGCCUUGAUCGCUAUACUGUGGAUGGCUUCCGAUACUUUCUUCUUCGGCAGGGCGUCCCCAACUGGGACUGCGAUUACUAUGAUGAAAAGGUGGUUAAGUUGCUAGAUUCUGAGCUGGCAGAUGCUUUGGGAGGUCUCCUGAACCGGUGCACUGCCAAAAGAAUAAAUCCUUCUGGGACCUACCCGGUUUUCUGCACUACCUGCUUUCCCAGUGAGCCAGGGUUGGUGGGGCCAUCAGUUCGUGCUCAAGCAGAGGACUAUGCUUUGGUCAACGCAGUGGCCACUUUGCCCGGGCAGGUAGCUGACCACUAUGAUAACUUUCAGAUCUAUAAGGCUCUGGAGGCAGUGUCCAGCUGUGUCCGGCAAACUAAUGGCUUUGUCCAAAGGCAUGCACCAUGGAAGUUGAACUGGGAGAGCCCAGUGGAUGCCCCCUGGCUGGGUACCGUGCUUCACGUGGCCUUGGAAUGUUUGCGAGUCUUUGGAACUUUGCUCCAGCCUGUCACCCCAAACCUAGCUGAUAAGCUGCUAUCCAGGUUGGGGGUCUCUGACACAGAGAGGGGCCUUGGAGAGCUCUAUUUCUUGCCUCGAUUCUAUGGACAUCCAUGUCCUUUUGAAGGGAGGAGGCUGGGACCUGAAACUGGGCUCUUGUUUCCAAGACUAGACCAGUCCAGGGCCUGGCUGGUAAAAGCCCACAGGACCUAGAAACUUAGUUCCUAAUCAGCUUGUGGUAAAAAAGCAAAUGUGUUAUCUUCUUAUUUUGCAUUUUCAGGAAAGUUAUACUAAUGUUUUCUAAAGUGUUGCAUCAUAUGAGCACAUGAACAAUGUCCCUGUGAAAAGAGGGACCCAUUAACCACUGUACCCAUUAACCACUAUCCUUUGUACACCAGUGUCUUUAAGAUGUCUUCAGGGUAAAGAUGGGUAAGAGAAAACUUUGCUGAUACUGUUCCUUCUCAUUGUGCCUCCUUCCAAGCCACAGUUAAUGUUAUUUGUCCAGACUACCUCUUAAGGCUUUUCAUUGGCCUGGCCUCUGCUGGGCAAGUUAGUGAAGAGUGCGGGUUGGAGGCCCCUACCUCAGCUUUUAGUAGUCCAACUUUGUUAUAUAUGUUGGGCUUCCUCUUAGAAAGAGAUUCUUUUAUUAAACCUUUAAAAAUUUCAGUGUCCUAGAUUAGAUGGUUUUUGCCCAUGUUUAUAUUUUCAGUUCUUACAACUAUAACUUUACUUUUUUUUUAGUUAAUAGUCUAAUAGCUGUGCUUUGUAACAUUACACUUCAACCAGUAGAUGGCCCUAAAGUCUCACAUAUUUAAUUGACAUUGACAUUUCAGAAUAUUUAGAAUAAAUUAGUUUUCUGCUUUAUAAUUAUGCAGAAUUUAAAUUUAAGGAAAAAUUUUAUUGCUUUUCUUAAAAUAAGGGAUGACUGUAGCCACUACUGUUUUACAUAAAGUAAUAAAAAAAGAUCAGAAUCCUGUUUUUUUCAAACUGCUGAAAAAGGACAUUUACUCUAUUAAAUGUUUAGUAAGCUAAUAAGUAAAUGUAUCACAUUUGUUUGGACUAUCUGUGAUAAAUUAUAAAGCUCUCGAGGUAGCUGGUAUGUUAAAAUUUUUAAACUUUAAUAACAUUGGGUUUACAGAUAAUGAUUAAAAAUCUAUAAACAGUUCAAAAUAGUUACAUUUUCUUUUUAUUUCUUGGUCAUAAUUUUGUCACCACAUAUAUAAUUUACCUUAUAUGAUUUCUUUUGGUCAAUCAGAAUCUAUAAUACAAUAUAGACAUUGUGUGAAUAGUUCUAAAUGUUAAUACAUUUACUUUCAAGUACUUUUUACUGAUUAUUUCUUUUGCUUUCUUAAGUUAUUAAAGUUUAAAAGUUUGUGAGUACCUUAUUCAGAUCUGUUCUGUUGAAUUUGUUGAAGGUGAUGGUGAAGGGAGGAAAUGAUCAAUGCUCCAGGAAUCUCAAACUGGAUUUAGGGAUCUCUCCAAGGCUCCAUAAGAGAACAUCACAGAGAAGAUGUUAAGGUAUCAAUUUAUACAAUGACUACAACACAGUAAGCCAGCGUUAUAUCUCAUAGGUGAUUGGACAGCUAGGCCAAAGUUUAAAAUGAGAACUUGCCUUGAAAAAUCCAUUCUAAGCAUGGUAGCAAGCAGAGAGGGCUCACUAUUAAGUAAACUAUUGUGCUGAAAGUUCCCCCAGAUUUAUUCUAGGUGCUACUAUUCAGUUCCAGUUUCUUUUUAUUAAUCAGUGUGGUGAGAGAUUUCUGGUUGCUUGGAAACAUUGCUUAGAAAAGAAUGCUUGAAGGCAUUCUAAAGAUGGAAGGACCAUUUCUACAAAUGUUCCUUCAGAUCCUCCUUGUUCUUCAUAAUGGAAUCCUUGGCUUUCAACAUGACAUAUUCUAGUUACAUGCUGGGAUUAGUGGGGCUGAUUACUGGGGCCUAUGAGGGAGUAUAAUAUUUGCUAGGGAUGGAUGGAGCAGAGUGGUGAAAGAGAUGAGAUGUGUUUAUAUGAAUGAAUAAAAACAGACUUGGAAAACCAGUGGAAUGAUAACCUCUGCCUUUGAAGUCCCCUUACAGCAAUCUUACUGAACCUAUCAUGAAAGGAGAGACAGUGUCUUCCACUUGAAUGUUCUUUCCUAUGGCCUAGUGCUAGUCAGUACAUUGGACCUUAGCUUUCUGGGUGUUAAUGGAGUUCCUUUCGUGCAGUCUGUCAUUUGUGUGGGAAUAUUUAUGGUACCAAAGGGCACAAGAAAACAGAGGAACCAAAGAAGAGAGGGCAUAAUUAAUACAGAAGACAGGAUACUUUUGAGUGAAGAAGUAUGGACCUAAGUUAUUCUGUGGUGAUAUGGAAGGUGAACCAGUUGGAUUCUCUGUUGGAGGCAAGAUAGGUAAAGGAGAUAGCCUUUGGGUUCUUAGUUGGUGUGUUUGGUUUGAUCCAGCAGUUUAGGAAUGACAAGUGGAGGACAGGUGAAACUUAAAACUGGAGGGCAUGUACUUUUUAGAGAGGGCAUCUUGUGGAUCCCUUGACAGAAAGGAGGUUUCUCCCAAAUUACAACCUUGAGGCUCGUAAUAUUCAUUUUGGGGUAUUCUUAGGGGCAGAGUUGCAGAAGGUGAUAGAGCAGGUGUUCACAAGAUGUCAGAUUAAAGUAAUAUGUCAACUCAGUAGGCUACACGCCUAUCAGUGAAAUCAUGCUAGAAGUUGUGGUCAAUGUAUAUGUUAGGUGGCAUCACUGAUAAUGGAGAACCAUUCUACAAGUGAACUCAGAUUAGGCACCUCAGAAGUCGGAAGACCCAUGGAGAUCAAGAAUAGGCAGGAACAAUAAAUAGAUACAAUCUCUGAUUUCAUUGAAAUCUCAAAGUUAUUCUGAAGUAGGCCUCAUUAUUUUUCUUAACCUGUAUGACCUCUAUAGGGGCUGAGAAAAGCCUGAUAAGUUGAAUAUUAAGUUGAUGUCAAAGUGCUCAUGAAAGCCUAGGCCGGAAUGUGGGCUGUAAGACACACGUUUUUUUUUGCACAGUUGUAGGUGUGGUUGGGACAUAGCUCUUUAUUUUUAAGUAAUCUUUACAACCAACAUGGGGCUCAAAAUUACAACCCCCAAAUCAAGAGUCACAUGUUCUGAAUGAGCCAGCCAGGUAGCCUGGGAAACAGCUCUUUAGAUCUGGGAAGUUCCAAGACUGAAGUAAAGCCAGUGGUUAGUCAGGCUGUGGGCCUCCAACUAGGAUCCUUAUAAUCGGGAAGUAGCUUGGGUAGCGGGUGGCAGUACCAAGCAUUCAGCAGAUUCCUCCACGGGCAUUAUGGUAGGGAUGGUUUCCUGGAUCUCUGACUGCCCCACACCUGGUAAGUUGCAUUGUUGGCCUGCAUUAGUGUAACCCCGAGUUAUGGGGGAGGCCAUGCCUCUUGACUUAUACUUAGUCCAUAAAGCUGCUAUAUGAUGAUCUAAAAUUGUCUCCUGUAGGCAACUAUCCAUAGUUCUACCAGAUAUAGAUCAACUGUUCUUGUUGGUGAAGUCUGGGGUACUGUAAACCUGGGUGAGUCCUUUCCCUCCUCCUUUGCCUUAGUGAAUAAUAUGAGUGGACCUAUAAGGGUUUAGACAUAUUGACAGCCAUGUAUCUAUUUUUGCAGCAAAGGUUUACUAAUCCUGACAGCUUGGAGGGAGCUAGGGCAUAGAUUGGGGUAACCAAGAGCACAGGUUAGGGGGAUCAGUUUUAGAAGAAAGCCUUUGAGUCCCUUGCAGAACUAAAACAGUAUGAAAUAUGUCAUUUCCACACAGCAGCUAGCUGGUCCUGACCCUUCCUCUUAAAGGAGCUUUGUAUAGCAUUGGUUAACUUUUAUCAAUAGGAACACACCAAAUUUGGGGGUUAAUAUUGCUGGAAGGGCCAAACGGUAACAACCAAGCUAAUUACGAUUAAUAAGUGGGGAUCUGAACCUUCCAAGAGGAAUGUCUUACUCUUUUUUGAGACAGAGGAUAAGAGAAACCCAGCCUAAGCUACUUUCCUCUAUCACUAAGAACGACUUUGAGCUGAGGGGAAGGGACUAACCAGUUUAUAGGUGAAAUUGUUGCUUUCUCUUAGUUUUUUGAUAGUCCUGGGUUACCCAGUACAGAUCUUGUGAAUUAAGAGAACCAUCUAACAGGGAAUAGUUGAUCACAUUUAAAAUACCUUCCUUAAGAUUAUAUGACUUUGGGGUGCUUGGGUGGCUCAGUUGGUUAAGCGGCUGCCUUCGGCUCAGGUCAUGACCCCAGGACCCUGGGAUCAAGCCCUAUGUCGGGCUCCCUGCUCAGCAGAAAGCCUGCUUCUCCCUCUGCCUGCUUGUGCACUCUCUCUCUGUCAAAUAAAUAAAAUCUUAAAAUAAUAUAUUUAAAAAAAGAUUGUAUCACAUUAAUCAGUUUCUACUUACAUUUUCAUGAUGAGGAAAGGGAAUUGGGAAGAGCUACACAAGAGGAUCUUCCUGGGGCGCCUGGGUGGCUCAGUCGUUAAGUGUCUGCCUUUGGCUCAGGUCAUGAUCCCAGUGUCCUGGGAUCGAGCCCCGCCUCGGGCUCCCUGCUCGGCGAGAAGCCUGCUUUUCCCUCUCCCACUCCCCCUGCUUGUGUUCCCUCUCUCGCUGUCUCUCUGUCAAAUAAAUAAAAUCUUAAAAAAAAAAAAAGAGGAUCUUCCUAUGGCAUCGACAAUUAGAAAUAAUAUACUGUCUACUGUGCCUCUUUUCAUGAAUAGCUAUUGAGUUUUAGCCAUACUUGCAUCUUCAAAGUAAGGUGAGACUAAGCACAGAGGUUCCAUCCUUGGCUAUUAACUGAAUUUCACCCGCAUUUGGUUUAUGGCAUAGAUUACUCACCAUAGAUUUUAAAGUCCACAGCUCCUCACUUAAGAACAGGAAGGUAUGAGAUGUCAGGAUGUUUCAGGAAACCAAGGGUGCCAUCUGCAAGAAGAAAAUUAGAGCUCCAAAGAAAGAUGAGCUCUGCUUUCAAGUUAUGAAGGAUUUUUGGAUGAAACAUCUGCAGAGAGCCUGGAAGACUCACUGCGUAAGCUGGAGGGACAGCUCUAGGAAUAACUGGAAAUGGAUGAUGCCACCUUUCUUAGUGUACGGUAUGGGGAAAAUGGUACUGUCCUUACUGUGCUACCAUACCUAAGGCCAUGCCUUGUGCAUGUACCCUUCAUUAGUUGACAGUCACUGGUUUAUGGGAUUUAACAUGAAGAUGAACCUUCAAAAACUAGUUUAUGGUUGACUGUUAAAGAUUAGAAUUUCUGUUAGUACAUUCAAUAAAAAUAUAACUACACAUUUUUCCUCAACAUAUUUUAAAAAGUGUAAUAACAUUUUGGAAAACAUAAGAUAGUUUCAGUAAUUUGGCUUCCUUUGAACUAGUGUAGAAGAGUCUCUUGGUUAAAAAGCUAUAAAUAUUAAAGAUAUAAAGUUAAUAAGAAUGUUACACACUUUGGGAUAAAUCACUAAAAUAAUACAAAUAGAAUGUAUUUCUUUCAAGCCAGAUGAAAAAUGUUAAAACUCAAUCCAACAGAAGUCAGGAAGGAGAAAAAUGAAAAAUAUGGUAAAAGAAAACCCAUAAUAAGACGUAGAAAUAAGUAUAAUUACAAAUAUUUUAGAAUUGUAAUAAAAUAUAGGAUGAAUCUUCUUUCAAAAGACAGCAAUGUUCAUGCUUAAAUUAAAAAGUUAGCUAUAUGUAGUUAAAAAGUAUAUACUUAGAAAAUGAGACAUGAAGAAACACUAGGCAUAUAAAUAAACCAAGAGAAAGCUGGUACUGUAAUUUUUUUUUUUUUAAUUUUAUUAUGUUAUGUUAGUCACCAUACAACACAUCAUUGGUUUUUGAUGUGGUGAUCCACGAUCCAUUGUUUUCGUAUAACACCCAGUGCUCCAUGCAGUACGUGCCCUCCUUAAUGCCCAUCACCGGGCUAACCAAUCGCCCCCCGCCCCAAAAACCUGUUUGUUUCUCAGAGUCCAUAGUCUCUCAUGGUUCAUCUCUCCCUCCAAUUCCGCCCCCCCCCCAUUUUUCCCUUCCUUCUCCUAAUGUUCUCCAUGCUGUUCCUUAUGUUCCACAAAUAAGUGAAACCAUAUAAUAAUUGACUUUCUCUGCUUGACUUAUUUCACUUAGCAUAAUCUCCUCCAGUCCCAUCCAUGUUGAUGUAAAAGUUGGGUAUUCAUCCUUUCUGAUGGCUGAGUAGUAUUCCAUUGUAUAUAUGGACCACAUCUUCUUUAUCCAUUCAUCUGCUGAAGGGCAUCUCGGCUCUUUCCAUAGUUUGGCUAUUGCGGACAUUGCUGCUAUGAACAUUGGGGUGCAUAUGGCCCUUCUUUUCACUACAUCUGUGUCUUUGGGGUAAAUACCCAGUAGUGCAAUUGCUGGGUCAUAGGGUAGCUCUAUUUUUAAAUUUUUGAGGCACCUCCACACUGUUUUCCAAAGUGGCUAUACCAACUUGCAUUCCCACCAGCAGUGUAAGAGGGUUCCCCUUUCUCCACAACCUCUCCAACAUUUGUUUCUUUCCCUGUCCAUUUUUGCCAUUCUAACUGGUGUAAGGUAGUAUCUCAAUGUGGUUUUGAUUUGGAUUUCCCUGAUGGCUAAUGAUGAUGAACAUUUUUUCAUGUGUCUUUUAGCCAUUUGUAUGUCUUCUUCAGAGAAGUGUCUUUUCAUAUCUUCUGCCCACUUUUUGACUUGAUUAUUUGUUUUUUGGGUGUUGAGUUUGAGAAGGUCUUUAUAGAUCUUGGAUACCAGCCCUUUAUCUGUAGUGUCAUUUGCAAAUAUCUUCUCCCAUUCUGUGGGUUGCCUCUUUGUUUUGUUGACUGUUUGCUUUGCUGUGCAGAAGCUUUUUAUCUUGAUGAAGUCCCAAAAGUUCAUUUUUGCUUUUGUUUCACUUGCUUUUGGAGAUGUAUCUUGAAAGAAGUUGCUGUGGGUGAUGUCAAAGAGGUUACUGCCUAUGUUCUCCUCUAGGGUACUGUAAUAUUAAUAGUAGACAGUCUAUAUUGAGAGGGAAAACCAUUACUAAAGAUAAAGUGAGACUUAAUAUAAAGGAAUAAUGCACCAACAGGAUAUAACAAUUAGGAACUUGUAUGAUCUAACAACAUAUUCUCAAAAGGUAAAAGUAUAAAAUUGAAAAUAACAAAUGUUCAAGUCUGCAAAAAAAUGAAGUCGCCAUUCAUGAGUUCAGAGAAAUUAGGCAAUUAGAAAGUAAAAUCUUAAACUAGACAUUAGUAGUUCAGUCUUUAAUGUUCACUACCAAGUGUAUCAUUACUGCUAAGUGUAGAAAAAAAUAAAAAUUUUACAGCAGGUAAGGUUUUAUGACUCUAAAACUUUGACUUUUUCCAUAUACGCCUCUGUGAAAAUAUCUUGCUUUUUAAAUAGAAAUGUCAGCAAAUAUACCUGUUCGGUAAGUCCUCUCUUUGGAUUAAAAGGGGAGAAUCCCAUGGUCAUAAUUUUGCCACAUUUUUUUUGUUUUUAGUUCACAGUAACAAAGGUGAAGGGAGAGAACCAGUGGUUCUAUGUUCCUUGAUUGUGUUCUCUCAUUUUUUCCCCCAUCAACUCUGAAGUAUUUUUCUUUCUCUGUUUAGUUGGGGCACAGCGAGAUUAAGUAAUUUGGCUAGGUUAUAGCUUGUAACCUAUACAGAGGAGCCUGGACUCAGAUUUGUCUUGAUGCCAGAGCUGCAGCAUCAACACCACAACCAAUACAACCACUGAGUAUACUAAGGGCAUUGUAUUGUGGGAAAGAGGAAGGAGUAUAAUCAGAGCCAAAGAUCUGAAGAUGAAAAGUCUAAAUAAGAACCCUUAAUUGAAAUAAAGCAAUGAAUGUUUCAAGAUGAGGAAUUAUUCUUGAUAGCUAGAUUAUGAAAUCGAUGAGUGCCAAAACAGAAACUUAGGAAAAAUACUUACCUUUAUCAUGAAAUAUAUUUCUCUCUUGCUUUCAUCAUGAAGUAUGAUAUAUUCUCUCUUGCUUUCAGUAGUUUCCUUUAUAUCCUAAGCCUGCUUAUGUGUGCUGGUGUAAAUUGUUAAAUAUUUCAAUAACUAUAGUCUCUUUUUCUUUUUCCUUAAGAUUAUUUUGUUAUUUUCAGAACACUGUUCCAAAUUCUUGAAUCCAACAGUCCUCUAAAUGAAAGUAUGCUGUCAUAAAUUUAUGAAUCUAAGUAUUUUGAAAUACUUUUUUGAAUGAAUACAUUUUACUAAUACUGUAAAUACACAUUCAUCUCUAAACAUGAAAACAUGCCAGUAUUCAAAAGUUUUAUUUGAAUUGACUAUUAUAGUAACCAAGCCAGAGAAUUUUAUUAGAGCUUACAAACACCAGAACUUUUUCAUUUCAUACAUACAGUUUUACUACAAGUGAACUUAUGAAAAGACUCAUCUAUUUACUAACAGUUUAAGUUCUAUGAAUUUACUGAACAUUUAUUACUGUAUUCUUAGGUCUUUCCUCACAAGCCUGCAGAAACCAGAUUAAAUGCCCUUUGACUCCAGUUAUUACCAAAGCAAAUACCUCCCUGUUAGCUAAAAUGCUACAUAUUGAAUAAUUCCUAGUAAAUUAUCUCAUACAUGACAGUCAAAACAUGUUCUAACUUCCCCUAAUUAGAGAUUUUAUUAUGAACUGCACAAAAUGUCAUAUUUUACAUUUUUAUUGAAACAUAGCUAUUAUCUUGGACAUAUGCUACACCUUGAAGAAGUGUGAUGAAACUUAUGUUUAUAUGGAUCUUUAAGCUAUCAUUUAAAUUGUAGUUUUAUGAAAAUGUCUAAAAAAGUAUUAAAGUCCUUGCUAACUUGGAAGCCAAGAACACCUACAUCUUUAUUCUAUGUUUUAAAUAACUUCUUCAGAGCUAUGUUUAAAUUCAAGUUACAAAGUCCAAGUUAGCAAGGCAUGAUGGGUACUUUUUCAGUAUUUUUUGCAUGGUAGAUUAUGACUUGUUAAUACAAUCAAGACUGGUGUAUUAUAAAAAAUAUAUAGCAUUUAUAAAACUCUUAAAAAAUAUAUAUAUAUAUAAUUUUUUAGGUUGUCUUUGAAAGUCACUUACUGAAGCAGUUUAUAAAGGCUUUCAUUAAGCAGAGAAUCUUUAGUCCUGAAUUUACUGCAUUAACUUUUUAUAUUUAAAUCUGUAAAACUUAUUUUAUGGAAACUCCCUACAUUUUUUAAAAAGCAAACCUUUUAUUCCUGAGUUCAGUUUCAUUUUAUAACUCAGCACUGGAAUGUAAUUAAAUAAAUCAAGUAACAAUGUGUAAGAAGCCUAUUUUGGUAUUAUAGAAGAAAAAUGUAAGCACUGAAAUGAAUUAUUGAAAAUAUGUAUGGUUCAUUGCAUGAAAACUGAUGGUUGGAUUUUCAUACCAUUUAAAAUAUGGACGGAGUAUUUUUUGCUGAAUAUAAAGGAAAAAAUCUUAACGUUCAUUGUGACAUUGUGUGACCUAGCAUUAAAAAAUAAUUUGUUAGUUAGUAAUCCUCAAACUAGAAAUAUUUUUUAUUUAAAUGUUGCCCACAUAAAAAUCAGCCUCUAGAAGAUAGUUAAUUUAUAGCAAAUUUUAAAUAAAACAUUUUUGGAUGUAACUGAUGUCAUAAAAUUAGUUUUCUAUCCUAAGGAGAAUAUAUAGGACUUCUUCCUUUUUCCAUAAUCUAUGGAGACCAUCUAAAAGUAGAGCUAUCCAUUCUGGGGCACAAAAGCCAAUAUAAAUGUAUAACUAACUGUGUGUAGCUAAGUGUAAAAAUUAGGAAAUCAACCUGAUCUCAGAAAAGCAAAGGAAAAAUAGCGAAAACUUACUGCUUAACAUCAAGAGUAGUGAGAAGGGGACUAGCCAAGGUCAACCAAGUUAUCAAAACCCAUCAUUAGUAAGUCUGUAGAGGUAGAUGUUUUAAAUACUCAUAAGGGAAGGUAGAUUAAGUACUCAAGAUCUCAAGAGUUUUAAACAAGUCAUUCUCUAAAGAUAGAUACAUAGGGCACAGGCAUAAAAAUCUAACUGGUAAAACAUUGUUGCUGAAUUUAUUUUCAGUUUUCCUUUGGCAUAGACAUUUAGGAUAUUAUAUGUGUUAUUUUAAUUGAAAGCUAUUCUCAUAAACAGUUGGAUAUAGCCUGAAUAAAAUAAUCCUAAGGUUAACUUUAAUAGUCAGCAUUUAGAUAGUAUAGGAAAAAUUUACUUGUAUUGGUAUCUUUUAAAAAUAAUUUGCACAAUAGGUCAGAUAAUAAGGAUUUUAGAAAGUUUCUUUUAUGUGUUGCUAAAAAUAUUUAAGUGUAUAUACUGUAUAGUUUGCUUUGGUACCAAAGUUAGACAUGUUAAAAACAAAGAUCCUAAAUAUGAUUAUCAAGAAACACAUUGAAAGUAUUAAAACCAUCUCAAAUUGUUGAUGUAUAUUUUAAAUUAUUAUCCUUCAGAUGUUUUCUCUAAAACAUCAAAGGAAAAAAAUACACUUUUUUGGUAAUACUUUUUGUGUUAAGUAUUUCCUUUAUAUAGUAUUAUUGGUCAUUUCAGAACUGUGUGAGACUAAGGAUGAAGGUUUAAUCUCUAUAUCUUUGUCCAUUUUGAUAUCCUGAUUUGUAGCAAAAAGGACCUUGAUAGUUAAAAGCUAAAACAUUUAUCUCUUUAAGGUAUUAAAUUUGUUUUUGCUAUUAUUGGUAUCUUACAUUCUCUAUAAAAUAAGAGCCAGACAUCACAGUUUAAGCAUAACAGUGUUUUGGUUUUUUUUUUGUUGUUGUUUUAUAUUAAUGACUUUCAUACCAUCUCCAUUUUUCUGUAAUUUAUAUCUAGAGAGAAAAAUGAAGUAAUAUUAAUAUAAUCUUUAUGGAAGUGAAUUAAUGCUCUGUGAAAGUAUAUCAGUACGUUUUGGUAAAGAGUACAAUUGCCUAAAAUAAAUUAGCUAAGAAAAAUACUUCAAAUAGAAAUCUUUCUUUGAAGGAAAAUGCAAUUACUCUUGGACUCUUGAAAUUUACAAAAGUUUUAGAACAAAAAUGCCUUGGUAUGUACUGAAUAAGCCUGAAUAACAAAUACAGGAUUAAAAUGAAAAUGCCAGACAAGUGGAGUAUUAAAUAGAAUAUUUCAUGAUAUUUUUGACUAGGGCUCUAAUUAUAAAAUACUGGACCUUAACACAUAGCAUGUUACUUUCAGAAUAAAGGUAGCAAAAUAAAAUAUUCUCAAUAGAUGGAGUGGACUUAGGAUGUGCCAGAAUAAUUAAUAUGACCAUGCUAUUACAUUUUAUUCCUCCACCUAAAUAUUUUAGCAUAGAAACAUUUUGACAAUAUACUCAAAAAGUAGAUACAUCAGUGGAUAAUUCAUUAUCCUUUAUGAGGCAAGAUAAAAAAAUUAAGUUAUAAUGGGUUAUCUUUCUAACAUAUGAAGGUUUUAAUAUAUAAUAUUAUAUAUAAUAAGAAUAUAUAUAAUUCUUACUCUUUUCCAACAGAAGUGCAAACUAGCUUUAGUUUUUGUAGUAUACAUGAAAUUAAAAAGUGAAACAAUAAGACUCUUUUCUACUACUGUGCAAUCAAAUUUCAAUAAAUGCUAGAAUAAAUUUACAUGUAGUCAAUUUAAGUGUUGCUUAUUUAUGUAACUUUUAAUUGUUUUAUUAUCAAUCCAGUUUUGUAUAUAAGGAAUAUAAUGUUUUUACAGAAGAAAGUUGGGAUAUACAUUAAACAGCAUUUAAAGAAAAGUUGGCAUGGCAAUUUUUUAAUUUUAAAAAGUUCUACCUAGUGCUGCAUUUUUUAAUUAUAAAAAACUUUCAAUUCUGAAAGAGCAGACAGUCAUAGCUUCUUUGUAUUUAAAAGAUGAAACAUAAUGUUAUGGGUUAAGUUUUAUUCAAAGUUAACAUUUUGAAAGCCUAGAAACCUCACAAACUAAGACCUGAAUGAAAGAUAAAAAGGAAUAGUGAUAGUGUCACAGUGUUAAAGGAAGAAAUAUGUAUUGAAUCUGACAUGAUAUAUGCAGUGAAUACUUAUAUACUUGCUAAGAUGCUAUAAGAACCCUUAUACUUUUGGUAUGAAUGACAAAAGAGGGCCAGAAAUAGAGAUAUCUUUAAGCAUAUUUAAGAGUAGUGUCUACUCUGGUCAUAGUAACUGGUAUAAAAUAAAUGGUCAUAAUAUGACAGAUUUCCAGAUAUUAUAUAUACAAAUUAUCUUUUACAUAUAUUAAUAUCUGUCAAAAUUUCUAAUGUAAAUCUAGAGUUUGAACUGUUUUAUAAAAAAUAUUUAAUGUAAGUGAAAUAAAUAUACACAAACCUAAAUACAGCAAAGUCAAAAUGAUGUAGAAACUAGAAUCUUCUACAUACAUUCUCUCUCUAGCAAGAAGUGUUUUUUUGAAUUUGCCAUAUUUCAGUAAAUGGCCUGUUGCUAUGUAUAUUCUGUAUAUGCUAUGGUUAUGUCUACAAAUAUGAAACAUUUGGAAUAAAUCUGAAAAAUCCAAACACCAAAAAUGUUUUUAAGUGCUUAUAUAGACGUUAUCAUGUUGAUAAGAUAGCCAGAUGAUGACCACAUUUUUCAAACUUUCUCAAAAUACUUGUUGUUUUAUAGAUAUAACCUUUGUUCUCUUUGUUACAAAUUAUAAGUCUAUGUUACUUAAAUGUGUGUGAAUUAAUAAAGGAAAUCAUGAUUUUAUCCUGCACCUCCAA